AGUAGCCUGAACCAGGGACACACUACCGCCUGAACUACAUGCCGCAGAAAUCAAUACAACCACAUCACAGCAGCAGCAGCAGGGAUCAUCACCUUGUCGGCAUGGAAGUUGGUCGUUGUACUCGUGCACUCCUCCCCGUCUCUCCAGCUGACGAGGCCGACGGCAAAAACGGCGACGUCGUCGACCUCUGGCACCAGCCAAAGAUCCCGGACUCGUUCGUCUGGCCCCGCGCCGACGCGCUGCCGUCAUCGGAGAGGGACCUGGAUGCGACCGUGGUCGACGUCGGCGCCGCCAUGCGCAGCGACGCCGGGCUGCGCCGCGCCGUCGAGCAGGUCGCCGCAGCGUGCGCGAGCCAUGGGCUCUUCCAGGUGACCGGGCACGGCGUGGACCCUGCGCUGGCCCGCGUCGCGCUCGACGGCGCCGCGGAGUUCUUCCGCCUGCCGCUCGCCACGAAGCAGCACGCCCGCCGCAUUCCCGGGGACGUGGCCGGAUACACCACUGCCCACGUCGACCGCUUCAGCGCCAAACUGCCCUGGAAGGAGACGCUUUCCUUCGGCCACCGCGACAGCGUCACUGCCGGCAGCCAUGUCGUCAUGGACUACUUCACCUCAACACUAGGCAGCGACUUCAAACCCUUAGGGCAGGUGUACCAGGACUACUGCGAGGCGAUGAAGGAGGUGUCGCUGGCGAUAAUGGAGGUGCUGGGGCUGAGCCUGGGGGUGGCAAGGAGCUACUACAGGGACUUUUUCGCCGACGGCCGCUCUAUCAUGAGGUGCAACUACUACCCGCCGUGCCCGGAGCCGGAGCGGACGCUGGGGACGGGGCCGCACUGCGACCCGGCGGCGCUCACCCUCCUGCUGCAGGACGGCGACGUGGACGGGCUCCAGGUGUUCGUCCACGGCGAGUGGCGGCCCGUAAGGCCUAAGCCCGGCGCGCUCGUCGUCAGCACCGGGGACACCUUCAUGGCGCUGUCCAACGGGCGCUACAGGAGCUGCCUCCACCGCGCGGUGGUGCACCGGGAGCGGGAGCGCCGGACGCUGGCCUUCUUCCUCUGCCCGCGCGACGACCGCGUGGUGCGCCCCCCGCCGCCGCACCUCGCCGAGCAGCCGCGGCGCUACCCGGACUUCACCUGGGCCGACCUGGCGCGCUUCACGCAGCGCCACUACCGCGCCGACGACCGCACGCUCGACGCCUUCGCACGCUGGUUCGGCCCGUCCCCGAGCUGAUCCCUGAGCCCAGCCAAGGCCCAAGGCCCAUGAGAUAGUUCCCAUGUCACGCGUGAAGCCAUAAUAAAAAUAUGACAUGUUAGUCGAUUAGGGAGCUUGAAUGGGCAUUAAGAAUGCGGUUGUCUAAACUAUAUGUAUUGUAUAGGUUUGGUAUGUGCGCAUGGGUAUGAGUGUAAGUGUGCAUACGUGUAUGGGGGUUGGUGUGUGCGUGUAUUUAGAUACUAUAGUUGUACACAGUUGAGAGUCUGUUGAUGUAUAUAUGUGCAAGUACAAUUUACGGUGAGUGUAUUUUCAUAUUUUAUGGUAUCCAGAUCUCUGCAAAUACAAUACAAUAAACAGU